AUGGACAAACGAAUAAUUCAACUUAGCCGUAUCCCGUACAAAUUACGUCGGCAUAGGGCCAACAUAUUAAACAUUGCUUCUUUCAAUAUCGAGAAGCGAUCCCAGCACGAAAUCAUUUGUGCCUUAGCCCGCAAAUUUGACAUCUUCCUAAUCCAAGAAUUUGUGGGCUCCACCCGCAAUUUUAAAAUCUUCCAAGAAUUUUCAACUGAUCAUGAUUAUCAGUUUUAUACGUCACCCUCCUUGGUGACCUCAAGGCGCACUCGCCUACUCAACCGUUCACGAGCUGCCCAAACAGGCAUCUUCCUCAAUCUCAAGAAAUGUACUGUGCUAGGUCAAAACGAGAUAACACGACGGCUAAAAUCUCAAAUAUACUGUAACGACAUUCGAAUUCUGCUUUCUACAGGGGAGAUGAUAUUGAUUGUCAACACAUAUCGCCCUUCCCGGUCCAAAAAGCUUCAAGCGGUCAUUUUACAACAACUUAUUGUCCCCCUUCUGGAUCUAUCAGUUGCUUACCCAGACCUUAAGGUCAUAUUUGGCGGAGACAUGAACCAUUCCAUGGAACACACACCAAGCAGUGAGCGACACCUGGCUCGGAGCACUCUCGAGCUUCUUGCCGCGGUUAACCUCGUCGAUGUAGGCGUUUGUAACCCCACUGUCUUCUCACUUCCAACCAACCACUUCCCUUCUCCUCGCCGAAUUGACCGCCUCUAUGUUCACACUCUGUGGCAAUCGAGAGCCUUUCAAUUUCAGCUAUGGAGACCUUCCAGCAUCAGUUCCACCCACUCCUUACUUGCUGUUCGGCUUGUGAUCGACAUGAAUCCCGCCAAUUCGUAUGGUCUUCGCCGCUUUCAAUACCCCCUCGGCCGUUUACUGCCCAUGUAUGAUCCUCAGGGUCCCAGAGCAGUUAACCGCGAUGGUACUUUAGAAGAAGCAAUGUCCGCUAUCACAAACGAAGGUCUUGAAUACAUCCACCUUCAUCGCAAGCUCCGGCGACUCGACCCUGAUUUUGCCCGAUCGGUUCGAGACAAAGGCACACAACAUUUGGAAGAUUCGGCUGAUGCAUCAGCGCGGUCAUUCUUCCAGUGUAAAUCGCAUACUCCAAUGGUGUUCCACUCCUUGACUAACACAGCCCAAGGCACAGUGGCCACCACUAAUGCUGACAUGCUUCUGAUGGUUACCCACUAUUACCAAGCACUAUACAGCCAAGCUACGCCCGGAUUUUCGGAUAAGGAACUCGACGAAUAUCUAGAAGGAAUGAAAGUCCGCAUUUCCGCUCAACAAGCUGAAGAGCUUGACCGACCUUUCACUGAGGCGGAACUCACUCUGGCCCUUUAA